CUGAUUUAUCGAUUGAUAUUGUUUUGCAGUCAGUACUAUUGAAAACUUAAGAAUGGUGCUGACAUUGUACAAACUCGAUGCAAGCCCACCAGUUCGUUCAGUUCUGAUGGUAAUCGAGGCUGCGAACAUAACCGAUGUACAGUACGUAAAUAUCAACGUUCUUAAGGGCGAUCAUCUGACUAACGAAUAUCUAAAGAUGAAUCCACAACACACUAUACCAAUGUUAAAAGAUGGUGACUUUACUGUUUGGGACAGUCACGCAAUUUCUGUGUACUUAUUGACAAAGUACACUGAUGACGAUAUUCUUUACCCAAUUGAGCAUAAAAAGAGAGCGUUGAUUGAUCAAAGGCUACAUUUUGAUAGUGGAGUACUUUUUGUAGCUUUGCGUGCCGCUGUCGACCCAGUGGUAUAUCAGGGAGAGAAUUUUUAUAGGAGCAGCGCUUUGUUGAAGAUAAAAACUGCUUAUGAAUUUACUGAUAAGUUUUUAACUGGCAAAUGGCUCGUGGGCGACGAGAUCACUUUGGCAGAUAUCUGUUGUGUUGCCAACAUCAGUUCGCUUAACGAAAUAUUGCCUAUUGAUGCAGAAUUGUACCCGAAUUUAGCGCAAUGGCUAGAAAAUUGUAAAGAGCAAGAAUUCUAUAAGAAAGGCAAUAAAUCAGGACUGGAAGAAUUUAGUGCCUUGUUACAAUCACGUCUCGCUUAAAAAUGAACCACUGUUAUUAGCUGAAACUUCAUCAUCAUU